CAACGCCGCAUAGCCACGAGAUAGCCGAAGCGGAUAGCCAUGCAGUCGCCCGAGCCCAACAUUCGGAGGGCCGAGCCGACCACGCCACCCACCAACCGGCGAGAUCCCAAUCGCAUGUAUGACCCGCCCCCCGCACCCAAGAAAUCCAGGAACCGCACGGCGCGUGCACUGCAUCUGUCCGCCACCCCCCCUCCAGUGCGGUCCGAUCCCUUCCGGCGGUUGAGCUUCUCCGGCGGCCCUGCAGCAGCGGCGGCAGGCCUUCAUGUGCAGCGUGGUGGUGGAGAGGGUGGGAUGGGUGGCGCCAUGGCGGCCGCGGCUGCUGCGGCUGCUGCAGCGGCUGUGGCGCAGUCACCGCAGCGCGCGGUGCCCGCUAGGAACAAACGAACCCACGAUGUAAGCCAUGGUGUGUUAAUUGUGUCACAUGGGCUCUCUGUCGUGUCUGUCUGGACAUGUGUGUCAUGCAUUGCAUUGCAGGAGUUGAUGAGUCAUCCCUACGAGCGGCAGGGGGAGGUGGAGUGCAGUCCCCCCCGCAGCUUCAUGGCCCGCAUAGCCCAGAUGGCGCCGGAGGGACCCGCUGCCGCCGUGGGUGAUGGUGUGGUUGAUGUGACGGAGCGAGGCCACGACCCCGCGUUCCCCGCAUACCAGCCCAAGAAGGCCAUCCGCCGCCGUGAGGUGGGUCAGGGAGGGAGGGCGGGAGAGAGGGAGAGAAGGAUGGAUAUACGGUGGAGAUAUGGUGCAGGGUGGUGGUGCUGUAGAGCGUCGUGGUCCGUUUGCACCGGUAGCGCCCAUGUUGCCUGGCAGCCCGCCCCCUGCCCGCCGGCUGUCCAAGUCGCCGCACAGCAUGGAGAUCGUCCGUGACAUGAAGCGCAUGGUCAUCCUCUCCAACAAGCGCGGCAAGCCGUCGGGCGCAUCGCGCCUCCUGCAGCCUGGCAGCGGCAGCGGGAGCGGGAUGGACGUGGGCAACGGGGCGUAUGCCAUGGACACGGACAAUGGCGCCAGCCAGGGGGGGCAGGGGGGUAUGGUGAUGGAUAACGUAUCUGGCGUUGGUGCGGUGCCGUCCAUCGGCAGCCUGGCGCAGCAGCCACCCGGCGGUGCUCCUGCCGGAGGGGGUGCUGUCGGCAGCGGUGAUGCUGCUCCUGGCGCUGUGCUCGGCGUGCCUCGUGUGGCGGUUGGUGAGACGACGCCUCCCCGACAGCAGCAGGCGGCUGUGGGUGUGGGUGUGGGUGUCGGUGUGGGCCGUCGUCCCCCCCGCCCCCCCACCAACCGGCGGGGUGUCAACCGGCCGCGGACGAGGGCGCAGCUCGCACUUGAGGCCGCGGCACAGAAGGCCAACGACCCAUUCAUACCACCAACGCCUUCACGACGGGUCAGUGCAGCAGGCUCUCACACCACACAGACAGGCGAACGGAUACAAGUAUGCAGCGGUGCAUUGCUGCGUGUGUGUCCGUGUCUGGUGUGUGCAGCGUUGAGAGGAGUUUUGGAGUAUCUGAGGAGUGUAGAGUUGGUUGGAGAACCUGGAGGUCGGCGGCGGAUGGAGGAGACAUCGACAGUCAUAUGGACGGAUGGAUGGGAUGGCUGAUAUGCGUGUGUGUGUGUACACAAUUUGUUUCGUUCGUUAGGAAGAACGGAAAGACCAGGUGGCGACCAUGCAUACCUGUCUGCGAAAGAGCCUGCUUGCCGACUCACUCAGAGAGGGCAGGCGUGGUUGUGGUGUGGGGGGUGGGUGGGUGGCUGGGUGGUCUGCGCCUACAUGUGAACAGCUGAAGGACGAUAAUGGGUGCCUGCGUGAC